AUGCGGCUGAUAUCAGCAUUCGCAUCGGACAGAGGAGAAGAGCGUGACUUUGAGAGUUCGUAUCCGAGAUGUCAAGUUACAAGCGAGCGCACACCAAGCUGGGCAACCACAACUUAUGCAGACACAUCCAAAGACCUCUCUCCACUCGAAUCUAGCAACCUGGCACUUGAAGAUCAGUUCUGUGGCUGGCUUUGGAUGCGAGGCGGACGCUUCGGACGGUGGCGACAUCGAUACUUUUGUCUGGACGGUACUAUGCUGUCGUACUUUACUAGUUUUCCAGCUGAGGUAUUCUUAAAGCAGGCUCAAGCCUCAGUAGCUUCAGCUUGGGCAUCAAGAAAUCACUUUCAAUUUGGCGAUUCAUGUCAACCUCGAGGUGUUAUUCGAGUGGCACAUAUUGAUGACACAGAUCGGACGAAUCGUGUUGGAUUUAAGGUAUAUGGUUCUUGUGGAAAAGUGAUUGACAUCCGUGCUCACGAUAAUCAGGAGCGCAAUCGUUGGCUUCGUGCUUUGAAGACUCCUGCCCGUCGCAAGUCUAGGUCAUGGUCGAUUGGGUCAAGUGAGGAGAUUACACUAAGCAUGUCGUCAUUCGACCCCGACGGGCUUUGCCGGUUUGACCGACUAUCUAUUCCUGUCGCUAAGAGUGGCUGGAUGGAAAAGAGGAGCUCAUUUAUUGGUCUCUGGCGGCGCUACUUCUUUGUUAUUCAAGGAUCAAUGUUAUCGUACUACGACAGCGACAAACCGUACGAGGUGCCGCGGUGGAGAGGGUACGUUGUAGGCAUCAAGACUCGUCGACGUAGUGGGACGUUGGUUUUACCAACAGCUGGCGCCACAAUGGCUCCGCCGACGCAAGAACUAGUCAUCUCACUGGACUCACCACAUCAUCACGUAUUGCACGUUCGAUUUCGUAGCGUUGAAGAAGCGCGCGACUGGCGUCGAGUGUUGCGAGCCAAUGUCAGAAAUAAUGGAUAA